AUAUAUAUAAAUUCCAACACUUGCUCGCUAUUAUUGCAGUUGCAUCACGUUAUUAGCAUUAUGAGUGCCCGUUGUCUGCAAUGGACGCAGGCGUCGUCCUCGCAGCACCAGCGACAGGAAGCGGAAGCGUUGCAGAGGCGGGAACAUAACCAACAGCACCACUCGGGCAACGGCACUAACAUAUCAGCAGCUUAUGGUGAUAAUGAUGAUAAUCAUGACAACAUCGGCAACGAGCAACAUAAUCAAAAGAGCAACAACGUUAACCACAACCCCUCUGCAACUACGAAUUAUAGCACUUCCGGCUUACUAGAGUACCGACAACAACAACAACAAGAAUCGGAACAAACCACCCAACAGCCAACAGUUGGAAUAUACAGCCACACAUUUCCGUGGCACUUAAUGGUGCCACUGUUGCUGCUCAUCCUAUUCGUUGACUGCAGUUGCUCGUCAGCGACUGGAAAUUAUUCGAGCUUGGCACUCAAUGCAAGCGACACUGAAAUCCGAUUACCCAAUAAUGAGACAACAAACACAUUAGUUGCAGCAUCAGAUUCGCCCGCACCAUCAGCUACGACUGGUCUGGCCAUAAGCAGCGAGGGCAGCGAGCUGACCGAGGAGGAGGAGGAGGCCGAUAAUACCAGUGAAUAUAUCUUUGAUCGCACCGAUGUGCGAAUCAUAUUCAUCACGCUCUACACCAUUGUCUUCUGCUGUUGCUUUUUUGGCAAUCUACUUGUUAUACUUGUGGUCACACUGUCGCGUCGUCUGCGCUCCAUAACAAAUUUUUUCUUGGCCAACUUGGCAUUUGCCGACUUUUGUGUUGGCCUCUUUUGUGUAAUGCAGAAUCUGUCCAUUUAUCUCAUAGACAGUUGGGUCUUCGGCGAAUUCCUCUGUCGCAUGUAUCAAUUUGUGCACUCUCUCAGCUAUACGGCAUCCAUUUUCAUUCUGGUCGUCAUCUGCAUGGAGCGUUACUUUGCCAUUGUGCAUCCAAUAACCUGCAAGCAAAUCUUAACUGCGGCACGCCUAAGGAUGGUCAUUGUCACCGUGUGGAUAACAUCGGCUGUCUACUCAACGCCCAAGUUCGUUUUCAGCAAGACCAUCAAAAACAUUCACACCGAGGAUGGUCAGGAGGAGGAGAUCUGUGUGCUCGAUCGAGAAAUGUUCAAUUCUAAAUUGCUCGACAUGAUUAAUUUUGUGCUGCUCUAUGUGAUGCCCCUGCUGGUCAUGACGGUGCUGUACAGCAAAAUAGCCAUCGCCUUGUGGCGCAGCUCGAGGGGCCUGAGUCCGCAUGUGACACAACAACAACCGCAUCCGCCCGGCCAGGAGAAUAGUAUGAGUCUGCACAAUAGCAUGUACCAUCACCACCAUCAUCAUCAUCAUCACGCCUCACAUCCGCAUCCACACGCGCACCACCUUCAACUCCACCAGCAGCUGCCUGCGUCAACGGCCACUGGGGCUGCACCAGGAGCAUCGUCUCUCGCUUCCGGCAGCAGCUCCACGUCCUUGUCACGUAAACAAAGCAGUAAAUAUGAAAAGCGUGGCGUCAGCAUCACUGAGAGUCAGCUUGAUAAUUGCAAGGUCUCACUGGAGUCGGAUCGUCCAAUUGUUAGUGCCUGUCGCAAAACGAGCUUCUAUCAUCACUCCCACACGCACAAUCAACGGCAGGGCAAUGGUGGUGGUGCUGCUGGAGGCGGUGGUGGAGGCGGUGCUGGUGGUGCCGCACACAUGUCACACUCAUCGAGCAAUGUGUUACGGGCGCGUAGAGGCGUGGUCCGCAUGCUGAUAAUAUUUGUGCUGACAUUCGCGCUCUGCAAUCUGCCGUAUCAUGCGCGCAAAAUGUGGCAAUACUGGUCACGUUCGUAUCGCGGUGAUUCCAAUUUUAAUGCGCUGCUUACGCCUCUCACCUUUCUGGUCACGUACUUCAAUUCGGGGGUUAAUCCUCUGCUGUACGCGUUCCUCAGUCGCAAUUUUCGCAAGGGCAUGAAGGAGCUUCUGCUCUGCUCCUGGAAGAAAGGCAAGGGCAAGUCAUCAUCCAACUCAUCGAUGCAUCACAAGCGCAAGGCGCUGCAGACGCAUUCGCUGCCCACGGAUACCACGCACAUUGGCAACGAGCAGCUAUGAUGGCCAAGCUGCUGGAAGACGCACUUCAAGCUCUUCGGCCGUCGCUCGUAGAACCCAUCGGAAUCCGCUCAUCGCCGUAAUUAGCGGUGAACUCAUUGUGAUUUUCUAAAAAGCCCCAUUGCUUGGUUGGAUUAGCAAUUAAAAUGCAAAUGAAAUUAAUCUAUUCAUAGUGUUUAUCAUUGUCAAGUUGUAUAAUAAGCUAAGCCAGUUUUUAAAUGCCGCAUUCGUUCAGGCUAAAACCAAAUAAAAUACAACAACAACUUUUUAAGGACCUAGAGCGAAUACACUUAGCUCGUAAAUUGUAUUUAAAUAUUUCUAUAUCUCAGGACACACUGUGUGUCCAUAAUUUGAUUGUAAGCGCUCUAAAUUUCUAGUGAU